AUGCCUGGACCCAUGAACGAGCUAAACAACGAGAGCUACAAAUACCUGAGGAGUGUCGGAAACGACUGGCAGUUCAACGUUGAGGACGUUCACCCCAAGAUGCUCCAACGACUCUACAAGAGAUUCGACACCUUCGACCUCGACAGUGACGGCAAGAUGAUGAUGGAAGAGAUCCUCUACUGGCCCGACAGGAUGAGGCAGUUGGUCAACGCUACUGACGAACAGGUCGAGAAGAUGAGAGAGGCUGUCCACAUUUUCUUCCUCAACAAAGGAGUAGAUCCAGUAAAGGGCCUGACUCGAGAGGACUGGGUAGAGGCCAACAGGGUCUUCUCUGAGGCCGAGAGAGAAAGGGAACGACGUGGCGAACCCUCCAUGAUUGCCCUACUCUCCAACGCCUACUACGAUGUCCUGGAUGAUGACGGUGAUGGUACCGUCGACAUUGCAGAGCUCAAGACCAUGAUGAAAGCCUUUGAUGUGCCCCAAGAGGCUGCUUAUACCUUCUUCGAGAAGGCUGACACUGACAAGAGUGGACGACUGGAACGAUCAGAGCUGGUGCAUCUCUUCAGAAAGUUCUGGAUGGAGCCCUACGAUCCCCAGUGGGAUGGUGUUUACGGAUACAAAUACUGA